AUGAUCAUUUUUUUAUUAAUAUUUUUUAUACUUAAAAUUGCUAGUAUUGAUGGUGCACGAACAAAACAAUGUUCUGUUUUGGAAUUACCUAAACAUGGAUUUUUCUUUUCGGGUUAUUGUAAACGAACACCAGGUUCAUUAUGUGGUCUUGGAUGUUUAACUGGUUAUCGUCUUGUAAAUGGAGAUAGUUUUCGUGAAUGUCGUCAAGAUGGAACAUGGAGUGGACGUGAACCACAAUGUGAAGCUAUUCGCUGUCCAGCAUUGAAAAUUCAUCCUCGAGUAAUACAAGAAUGUUUACCUCAACAAAACACUACUAAACUUCACUUUGGUACUAAAUGUGAAGCAAAAUGUAAUAAAACAGGUUAUCGAUUGAUUGGUCCACGUAUUCGUGAAUGUUUAGUAAUGGGUAGAUGGACAGGUUAUGAACAAUUUUGUAUUGUCGGUAUUGAAACAACACCUUUUGUAAUUACAAGUUCAACAUCAACUCAUCUUUUAACAACUACUCCAAAAUAUUUAGAUUAUUCAAAUUAUACUUUGCAUAUUAACAAUAACGAUACUGGAAUCAUUUUGACGUCUUUUAAUUCAUCUGAAUUUACUAUCAUCUUUUGGUUCUAUUUGGAAAAUAAUACAAAUACUAAUAUAAUUUCAUUAAAACAAAAUAAUAAUAAUACUCUAUUUGAAUUGGUUAUUCUUCAAGGCAGACUAGCUAUUUGUCAUUUACGACAAAAUCAAACUAAAUCUACAACAACAACUUAUGUGAAUAUUCCAAUUGAAAAUUGGAUACAUUUCACAUGGACUUAUUCAAAUAAAAAUCAACAAUCAAAUUUAUAUAUUGAUGAUGUUACAGGACUAAUUCUAUUUGAACGAUUAUUUACUGGUCGUAUAACACGUAUAGAAAUUUGGAAACAAAUUAUAUCUGAACAACAAUUACUUGUUAGUUAUCGUGAUUGUCGAAAACAAAAUGGAGAUAUUUUUUCUUGGUCACAAGUAUCUAAUGAAAUAUUAAUUGAUACAAAUAAAUUAAAAAGUUCAUCUUUUUGUUCAGGAUGUUCGGAACCAGCAUCUAUUCCAGGUGGACUUUAUCGUGUAUCUGAUUAUGAAGUUGGUUCAUCAGUUGAAUAUGAAUGUAAUUAUGGUUAUGAAAUGAUUGGUGCUAGUCGAGCAUUUUGUAUGGUACCAUCAGAAUGGUAUCCAUUACCACCAAUUUGUAAAUAUAAUCCAUGUUCAUCUGAGUGUGAAUUAUGUGAGAAAAAAACAGGUGUUUGUUUACGACAACAAGCUAAAUUAAAUCCACUUAUUUGUGAUCCUCCAUGUGAUGAGGAUGAAGUAUGUAUUGAUGGACAAUGUAGUUGGUCAAAUAUAGAUGACGAAAAACAUGAUUAUCAAUGUAAUCCACCAUGUCCAUUCGGUACACAAUGCAUUAAUCGACGAUGUGAAUCAUCUUUAACACCAUAUUGUCCAGUAAUUUGUCGACCUGGACAAGUUUGUGUUGAUGGUCGAUGUGGUUGUUUUAAAGGUUUAUGUGAAUAUGAUCGUCCAUGUUAUGAAAUUUGUGACAUUGGAGAAAGUUGUCAUAAUUCAUCAUGUAGUUGUGGUUCUCAAGGAAAAUGUGGUAAAGGCGAACUUUGUCAAUUAGAUAUAUGUAUGUGUGGUAGAAAACGGGGUGGUUGUCGUCCAUAUGAACAUUGUAUUAAUGGUAUAUGUGUUUGUAAAACAAGUUCAUGUGAUCAAUGUAAUAAUACAUGUAAAUCAAAUGAAAUAUGUUUAGAUGGAAAAUGUAUAUGUACAAAUCAGUGUCAAAACGCUUUUUGUCCAUUUCCAUGUUUGAAUGGAGGACGAUGCACAGGUUUUUAUCAAUGCACUUGUCGUCGAGGUUGGCAAGGUUAUCGAUGUGAACGCCGUGACUCUAUUCUCGAAAAAUAA